AUGGCUCUUGCAGUUGAUCGCCACCUUGCUAUCCUCACUGGCAUUUCUCUUUCCUGUGUCACCGUCAAGGCACUCAAGUGGUUUAUCAAAAAGCGACAAAAUAAUGCUCCUCUUCCUCCUGGCCCAGUGCCCCUCCCACUGUUGGGGAGCGUCUUAUCUAUCGACGCUUAUGAGCCUUGGCUGACUUACACUAAGUGGAGUGCUGUGUAUGGGGACUUGGUCUUUGUGCGAAGUCUAGACGAGGAAAUGGUCGUGAUCAAUUCUCAGCACAUCACAGAAGCCUUACUGGACAAGCGUUCUCGUAUUUACUCCGAUCGACCAUAUCUAGCAACACUCAUGCCAUAUGGCUUAUCGAUUAACUUUGGAUUCACAGCUUAUGGCGAUGAAUGGCGUCUCUGCAGACGACUUUUCCACCAAACUUUCCGUCCCCAGUCCGCAGCAAAAUUUCGCCCAAUGCAGAUCAAGCGUGCUCGUGAGAUUAUCGUCAACCUAGUCGAUAACCCUCAAAAUUAUCACGACCACUUCGCAACAUCAGCAAAUGAUUUUCACGAGUUGAACCAUUAUCCAUCUAUUCACAGAUUCUCGUUAUCUGUUGUGAUGUCAACAGUAUACGACUACAAUAUUGGUGCUCGUGAUGAUCCUAUGGUGCAAACCGUGAUAAAGCACUGGUUCCAGGCUUGA